AUGUCUGAGGUACCACACGCUCACUGCUGCUUCCGCCCUCAUCUGCUAGUCUUCCUGCUCUUCCUGCUGAGUGUUCUGGGAGGUGAGUACCGUCCACGGAGCCCAGACCACGCCCACGCCUCGACCCGUCCCUCCACUCACGCGCGGGGGGCGGGGGUGGAGGAGGGGGAGGAGAACACCUGGGAUGACUAUCUAAACACCCUCUUCGACCCUGUGUUUGACCCCAGCGUGCCCUCCAACGUGACAGCUGUGGAGGGUCAGACGGCUCAUCUCGUGUGUAGGGUCAACAAUCUCGGCACAAAGACGGUGUCUUGGAUCCGCCACCGGGACACACACAUCCUCACGGUGGGCUCCUUCACCUACACCAGCGACCACAGGUUCUCCGCGCUGCACCGGGAGGGCACCAACGAGUGGACGCUACAGAUACGCCAGCCCACAGUGAGGGACACGGGGCUGUACGAGUGUCAGGUGUCCACCAAGCCCACCAGGGGGUUUCUCAUCAGCCUUAGUGUUGUGGUGCCCCGUGCCAGCAUCCUGCACGCCCCGGAGCUGUACACACACGCAGGCGGGCCUCUCAACCUCACCUGCAUAGUGUAUCCCAGCCCAGCCGCGCCCGAGUAUAUCUUCUGGUACCGCAGAGGACAGGUGAUUAACUACGAGAGUGACGGCAGCGUGAGGGUGGACGUGAGGCAGCAAGGUGAGCGUACGGUGUCCAGCCUCCUGGUGCAGCGGGCAACCUUGGGGCACUCCGGGCGGUACCAGUGCGCCCCCUCCAACACGCGCCGUGCUGCCAUUGACGUACACGUGUUCAAGGCAGAGGAACCGGCAGCCAUGCAAACAAGUGGCAACGUUUGUAUACCACCAUUUGAUCUUCUCCUGUUAGUCAUGGUGUUAGUAAUAAGCUGUUAGUGUGUGUGUGUGUGUGUGUGUGUGUGUGUGUGUGUGUGUGUGUGUGUGUGUGUGUGUGUGUGUGUGUGUGUGUGUACCUUAAUAUCUCAAAAAUACUUCCAUAAACUAAAAAAAAUAUACAUAAACACACGUUAGUUUAUACAUAUAAGGUUAUACAUACGAGGAACGAGUUGUAAAUAGUAUGUCAUGUAUGUAUGUAUGUAUGUAUGUAUGUAUGUAUGUAUGAAUGGUUCUCUGUGGUUUCAGAUAAUGUUAUAUGUAUGAUGUAUGCAGUGGUCUAGUGUAUGUAUACCUGUCUUUCUAUGUAUACAUGAGUGGCUGUAUGUGUAUUAUGUGUAAGUAUGAAUGAAUGUGUAACUUUUCCUACGUGUGUGUGUGUGUGUGUGUGUGUGUGUGUGUGUGUGUGUGUGUGUGGUUGUACUCGUAUAUGUAUGAAUGAAUGUGAAUGGGUGAAUAUUUUCUCCUAUGUAUGUAAGGCUGUAUGAUAUCACAAUGUAUACCUAUGUAUGAACAAAUGUAUAUCUUUUUCUAUGUAUGACGAGUGGAUGCGUGUACACUUACUGCAUGUAUUUCAAUGUACGAGUGCGUAUAGUUGUAUUUCUAGUAUGUAUGUAUGUAUGAAUGCAGUAUGAGGUUAUGUAUACUUCAGAAUGGACAACUAAUGUGUAUCUCCUUUUCUAUGUAUAUUUUAUUUCUAUUUGUCAGUGUGUAUAGUAUUUUUAUCAUGAAUGUUUGUAUGUAUGAGGGUAUGUAUGCUUAAAAUUCUUUGUAUGUAUGAGAAUAUGUAUAGUUACAGUUAUAUGCAUGUAUGAAUUGGUGAAAAUGUGUGUAUGUGUGUUUGUACGUCUGUCUGUCUGUCUGUCUGAGUGUAUGUAUGUAUGAAUGAGAUUAAGCACGCCCUUGUUUUUAUGUAUGAAUGAAUGUAGAAAAAGUAUAGACUUAGAAAUUUAUAUAAAAAAGUUAAUACAUGUAAACUGUGUGCGUGUAUGUAUGUAUGUAUGUAUGUAUGUAUGUAUGUGAGCAAAAGGGGUAAAAAGUAUACAUAUUUGUACAUAAGUCACCUGUAUACGUAAGAGUCACAGAAGUAUAAGUCAAAAUAUACGUAAGAUCAGAAAUUCAAAGUCCUUUCAAGUAUUUUUAAGUAAUUUUAAGUAUUUUUUUGGUAUUUUUUUUGGUAUUCGAUGUAUGAUUUAGGUCAGUGUGUAUUUGUACUGUAUUUUGGUAUUUUGAAGUCUACAUUAACACCACUUCUUAAAUAAGGGGAGAAGGUAGGAGAGAAGAAAAGGAAGAAGGAGGGAAUGAAAGAGGAAAUAAACGAGAGAGAGAAUGAAGGAAUGCAGAGAAGAAAGAGAGAAAGGAAGGAAAAUAAUGGAAAAUACAAUAAAUGAAGGAAUGAAGAAAGAAAUAAAGAAAUAAAAUGAAUGAACGAGGAAAUACAUGGACGAAAGAAGAAAAAAAAGAGAAUGAAAGAAAAUAAAUAAAAAAAGAAAAGAAACUAAUAAAAGAAUCCAACCACAGCCACCACCACCACCACCACCACCACCACAACAACAACAACAACAACAACAACAACAACAA